UGUGUAAUGUUAUGAACCUGGUCAGGGCUUAAACGUGGACUGUUUGGUCAAUGUCCAGUGCACUAACCAUAAGGCGCUGUUUCUUCCAAUAGAUUAACAAUACUAAGAUAGAAAACUGUUAAAAUGAAGUUUUGUAUAGUAAUACUAAAGGCUCCCUUCUCAGCUUUUAUUGCCAGGCAGGCUCUGGAGUGGUAUUAUAUUGUGGGGCCUGUACUUGGUUGCAUUGUCGUAUUUGCUGUAGGCUGGUGCAUUUGCAAGUAUCGAAGAGCAGCUGUGGCCGAACUACCCGAUCCAGAGAAAGCAGUUGAGAUGCAGUUCCAGAACCCUGAAGCGGAUGAAUGGGAGAUUGCAGUUGACCUUUUACAACUUCAAGAGGUCAUUGGCAAGGGGGCAUUUGGAGCAGUCUGGAAAGCACUUUUAAAUAAACCCGAUGGAAAACCUGAAAAGCGGACCGUUGCUGCAAAAUGCUUUACACCCACUUCUGGGGAAGAAGGUAGGAGAUCUCUGAUGAGAGAAAUUGAACUGGGAAAACUUCUUGCAGAAAAACCUCAGCCAAACAUUGUUGAGUUUAUUGGCUGUGUUACAACUCAAGUUCAUCCAAUGAUGAUCAUGGAGUACUUGGCAUGUGGUGACCUGCUGGGUUAUCUGAGGAAAAGCCGUGGAAUUCAUGAUAAGUAUCAUCUUGGACAGGGGAGUGUUCCAGAGCUGGAAAUAUAUGACCUAGUGCUGUUUGCCAAACAAAUUGCUGCUGGUAUGGUGUUUCUUGGAUCUAGAGGGAUAAUCCAUCGUGACCUGGCAGCUCGUAAUGUUCUUCUUGAUGACAACUUUGUUUGCAAAGUUACCGACUUUGGUCUGGCUUAUCAAGAUUUUAAGUAUGGACAUGGAAAUGCUAAAAAGGGCUGUAUGCCAAUCAAAUGGACUGCACCUGAGAUUCUGUCAGGAAAUGUUGCUGAGCUCUCAACCCAAAGUGACGUGUGGUCUUAUGGAAUUGUCUUGUACGAGAUCUUCACCAUCGGAGGAAUUCCAUACCCAGGAUGGUCAGAAGGAAGAGUGGUUCAAGCAGUCCUGAAUGGAUAUCAAAUGCCAAAGCCUGACCACAUUGACGACCAAUUGUAUGAUGUAAUGACCAGGUGCUGGAACUUAAACCCAGACUUCCGUCUUCCUUUUGAAAACCUACGAAAAAGAAUGGAUACAUACCUUCGUGAGGAGACAUACACGGAAUUGGUCCACAUGGGAAAAUAUGAUAGCGUGAAAUACUCCAAGGUUGAAGAUCUUGGAGCUCAGGAUGAACCACCAAGUGAACAAGUCAAGACGAGCACCACUGGAAAGAAAUUGGGAAAAUGGUCGAGUGUCCGUUAAAUAAGAGUAAAUAUGACUUACUGGUGGCUUUUACGGCUUUUAUGCCCAGCAAUCGUUAAUUUAGUGUGUUUUGUUUAGGAUGAAAUAGCAUUGCUAUUUACCAAACUGUAUAUCCUUAUUGAAAGGUCUGGAUUGCACGAAGAUAACAAUUAAUUUCAAAUAAAUGACGGCAAUUUUAAAAUUCACAGACAUGUUUCGGCAGAAACAUCUGCCUUCAUUGGUGAGUUGCAAUAUGUGCAAAGAGCUUAGAAUGUAAAUACUGGAAAAUGCUAAUGAGUACAAUAGCUGGAAGAAGAGAAACAUUUUCACACUUAUGAAAAGUGUGAGAAUUCCAAUAACAAGUUUAGAUUAACAUGCUUGAUUAGGUGAUAUUAUUCUGAUUCUGAGAGCUGCCGAGCCCUAAGCACCAGGGAUUGCUUUCACGUGAUUGAUCAAGCUGGCACCACCUUCCAGCUCAAGAUCAAAGAAGCUCUGCACAUUCGGGAAAGCCCUUCUCUCAAUAAUGAAAUCACUUAUUUGAAAUUAAUUGUAUAAUAUCCUUAUCCUUAAACCGUCACCGAGUAAGAUAUAACUACCCAUUUAUCUAAGUACGUGUUAAGUUAGACUGAAUGGAAAGGUUCACAAAUGUAAAGUUAGGUGAAGUUUCACUUUUCAAGUCUCUUUAUU